CCCAUCUCUCCUCUUUUCCAGAGUUUUCGAUCUCUCCAUGGUCGCAGUUUGCUUCGGCUCCAGCUGCUGCAACAAAGGGAGGAUCUGGGUUUGAAUCGCUGUUGGAGCAAAAUGAGCAAAGACCAUCUGCAUGUUCAGAGGCGAGACGAGAGACCAACCCCGCCAUGGAAGAGAAGGUUAGAAGCUCAAAUCAAGGCCACAAGGAGAGAGGUGAGCCAGCUGGCAGAGGCCAACAGAGGUAACAUGAAAAAACAAGUGCCCAAGAGAUACAUCCAUAUGCCCGUCUCCGAAGCGCUGGAGGCGGCCAAGCAAAGGCUCCAAGCUCUGGCCGGCCGCUUAAAGAGGUACAACACAGAGAACGAAGCCAGACGAGAAAACCGCCUGGUCUCAGCACAACCUGCGGAAGUGUGCGGGCGACGGCAGGGGCACUACAACGGAGCGGACGCACUGAGGCUGGACUCUGAACAGAAAAGAGACUGCACUCAGACCCUAAACUCUCAGGGCACUGAUUGGACACUGGCCUGGGAGGGUCAAAAGUACGGCCAAUGGAAGGGGCACUACACCAAAGCGGACCCACUGAGACCAGACUCUGAACGGAAAAACGACUUCUCACAUACACCGACACGAGACCGGGAAGGUCAAAAGUACGGAAAGUGGCAGGGUAACUACAGCGAAGCGGACCCACUGAGACCGGACUCUGAACAGGAAAAAGACUUCACACAUACCCCAACACGAGACCGGGAAGGUGAAGGGUACGGUCAAUGGGAGGGGCACUACACCAAAGCGGACCCACUGAGACUGGACUCUGAACAGCCAAGAGACUACACACAGCCCCCAACACGAGCCUGGGACGACGGAGAGUACGGAAAGUGGCAGGGUCGCUACACCAGAGCGGACCCACUGAGACCAGACCCCAGACAGCCAAGAGACUACACACAGCCCCCAACACGAGCCUGGGACGAUGGAGAGUACGGAAAGUGGCAGGGUCGCUACACCAGAGCGGACCCACUGAGACCAGACCCCAGACACCCAAGAGACUACACACAGCCCCCAACACGAGCCUGGGAUGACGGAGAGUACGGAAAGUGGCAGGGUCGCUACACCAGAGCGGACCCACUGAGACCAGACCCCGGACAGCCAAGAGACUACACACAGCCCCCAACACGAGCCUGGGAGAGUGAGAUCUCCUACACACGUCCCCGUGCUGACCACCAGAUGGAGCCAGGAUGCAGCAGUGGAGGUCAGAGUAACUGUAACAGAACUCAUCCAUAACUCCUGAUCAAAUGAUCUAAGUGACCCACUCAGCGCCUGCAUCAUCGCUCCAAACGUCUCCAAACGUCUCCACAGACUCUUCUCCACAGACAGAUGCGGUCAGGGCACAGACAGGGCCUGUAGCUUUAGCUUGGCGUCCUGUGAACUAAAAAGAAAUGAAGUAAAACCUCAUUAUAGUAAAGAAAUCGCACAAAUGGAACAAAUGGGACGGAUUAGGUUUGGUUCUUGGUCCGGAUAGUCAUUCUUUUGACAUGUUGGUAGUUUUUGUGUUUUCCAUAAAACUUUGAAAAUGGUUUUCUAAACAGUGUCUGUAUUGUGUACUGUGAGGAUAAUUUGUCCUAACUUCUAAUGACUUUUUUCUACUGUAGCUAAGUAUCUACUGUAGAUCUUUUAAAUGAGAAUUAUAUUAAAUGUCAUUUGGAAUUAAGACAUUCCUACAUAUAAAUGCUGUGCAUUUGGUUAGCACAUGACUUGCUUUAUAAUAACUGUUUUUAUUUAAUUCAAAAUAAAACAUUUAUUCUUGUCUUGUCAAUUUUGUGGAAUAACUAAA